GUACGUCUCCCACAAGCUUCCGUAGUACAGUUUUCCGCUAGUUUUUUUUUCUCCAAACCGGAAACGUAGUGUACUAGCAUGUUGUGCCGGAGAAAUGGGUGGCCGAAUAACACGUGUGUUUCGCAAUUUUAACCUUGAGAAUCGGAUACAACGAGAACUCAGCAAGCAAAAACCUACUGUGGCUCCUCUAUACCCCACCAUUCACCACAGCAAAUCAGAACAUGGGGCUGAAUCCAAUCCCAAAAUCCGAGAAGAAGUUCUAAGAAAAGAUGAAGAGCUCUUGUCACGUUUAAGGAUGAUUUAUGUCACUUCAGCAGAUCCUCCAGCUCAGGUACAAAAAGAAAAAAAUGUUGGAAAGGAGGAACACAGACUUCCAAAAUCUGUACUUCACGGUGAUCCUUUUGGGACUUUGGGAGUGAAGAGCAUCCCAAAGGGAAAGCUGUCUGUACUUGAAGCUGUUACUCUGCUGGACAACCACAAGCGUUCCCCAAAAGAGUGGACUACAGAAAGAAUAGCUAAAGAAUAUACUGUGGAACUGAACCAUGUUAUCUCCAUGCUUCACUACUUUAUACCAUUUAACUUGAAGAUCAUUCCUUCAAAAGAACAACAGUCAACACACAUAACAGCAGGAACAAAGAAGUAAAGCUACAUUUCUAUGAACUGUUUGCACCAAGCAAAGUGAGGCCAGAUAAGAUACCCUUUCAUACUGUUGAGUGAUACUUAAGUGCAUCAGAUGAAUUUUCACUAGAAUGUAACUCCUGAUACCUCAUACUGGUAGCAAGACAUCAGGGCAUAUUAAGGUUUUGUGCUGCUAGGAGAUUGAUGGCCUUCAGGAAGUAUGAAGCAGCGAUUUGAGAGGAAACUUACCUUGUGGGUCCUGGAUGAAAUCUGCCUGUAUAUCUGUGGAUUUAAAUGGAAUUCAAAAAGGCCAGUAAUUGGCAUUUGAUGUACAUGUUUUGCUGUCUGAAUGUAUUGUAUUCUAGAUAUUUCAGUUUUUUGAACUGCACUUUGUUAAAAUUAUGUGAAUGGUUUUAUAACUGACUAAUGUAUAAUUUGUUAGCACUGUGAAGGCUUAGGUAAAUUGCCUCCCUUCAAAAAUGUUUGCAGCCCAAAUUUUAUAGUAAGAUGGCUAUGCAUUUAUUAGUCCCCAUCCUAAGUGUUGAGCCACAUAAACCUGUUGUGGCAGAAAUAACUUUGGCUCGUACAAGUGAUGGACUUCCUUUCAAUAUUUGAUCUGUCGUGAGACAGCAAGUUCAGUGUAUGAAAUAGUCAGUCUUGUGUUAUUUCAUCAUUUUUAUUGUUAUUUUUUCUUCUAUGAAGUCUUCUCCAUACAUCAAAGUAUGUAAUUAUUGGAGAACAUGGAAAUGUGGUUGAAUUAUAUAUCUGAAGUAGGAUAUUCAUUUGUCUGCAACCUGUGGGUUAUGGAUCCGAUAUCGGAUCCGAACCGGCAUGGU